UGCGGGCGGCGCGUGAGGGGCCCGGCGCGGGGGUCGCGGCCGCACGUGGGGGGAGUGGAGCGGAGUUUGCGCGCGGGGCCCGCCCCGGCAUCCCCGGCUCGGGCUGAUCUCUCCUCCGCCCGGCUCGGGCCGCACGUGGGGCCUGGCCCUCCCUCUCCCCGCAGGCCGGGAGCCGGGCUCGCGCCGGCUCGGGCGGACAGGCUGGCCGAGCCGAUGGCUGGCGGCUGGAUGCUGCUGGGCGGGGAUUUCCUGACCCCGCAGCCGCCGCCGCUGCCCCCGGUGCCGCCUCCGGAGCAGCCGCCGCCGCCCCCGGAGCCCGAGGCGGUGCCCGAGCCUGUCCUGGAGCAGUGGCGCCAGUACCAGGAGAGCGACUGGCACUGGGGGCUGCGUCGCCAGUUCAUCCUCCGCCACCUGGCCAGUUACCCGGGCGCCGCGAUCGACCAGCUGCUGUCGCUCUCCGUGCUCUGGACCAACCACGUCUUCAUGGGCUGCAGGUAUGGCUCGCAAGUUAUGGAGAAAGUCUUCAAGAUGGCUGAAGGUAUCGAUAUUGGGGAGAUGCCAUCGUUCGAGCUGGUACCUCCUGCUAAGCCCCCAAAAAGACCCUGCUCUCCACCUUGCUCUCCCUAUGCCAAUCCAGAGCCUCCCAAAAAAGUCCUCCCCAGGUUCCGCGUGAGACCUCGUUUUGAGCCUGUACACUUUGUAGCCAGUAGUGAAAAAGAUGAAAGAAAAGAAGAUCCUUCAGACAACCAAACGCAGGAGUCAAACAAGGAUGCAAACACAAACAGCACUGCCCAGUCAGUCGAAAACUAUGUGGAUUUUGUUUUUAACAGUUUCAAUACCCAGGAAGCAGAUCCCCAGUUCUCCAACUCGGUGGGUUUUGGUUAUGCAAGUAGCCAGACAACCGCCACCAGUGUGGUUUUGAACAGCAUGGACACUACCCAGAGUGGUGCUCCACAACUUUCCACUUCCUCUUCAGUUCUCCAGUCUUCAUCAGAUACUUUCUCCCAGUCAGUUAUCACAGCAAAGCAGUAUUUUAUUGACAAACUCUCAGCAGCAAUCUGGAAGAAUCUUGCUAACCCAGAUGCUAACACUGGGACUGAUAAAAUUAACUAUACAUAUUUGUUGACUCGGUCAAUUCAGGCAUGUAAGACAAAUCCUGAAUAUAUUUAUGCUCCUCUAAAAGAAAUUGCCCCUGCCGACCUCCCAAAAAAUAAGAAGCUUCCAACAGAUGGCUUUGCUUGUGAAGUGAGAUGCCAAAAUGUCUACUUAACUACUGGUUAUGCUGGCAGCAAAAAUGGAUCCAGGGAUCGAGCCACAGAAUUAGCAGUCAAGCUGUUGCAAAAGUCUGUGGAAGUUAAAGUUGCUCAGCGGAAGUUCAAACAUACCUAUCGAGAGGACUUAAUAGUGUGUGAGUCCGGCACAUGCCCGCAGGAAUUGCCUCCUGCUCUCAAACAGCUUGACGAUUUUCUAGCUGCCAACAAAGAUUUUUCGUCUGGGCAGUCUGGUUCUGAUCCCUUGCAAGGUUCUAGUAGUUCAACCAAACACUGGACUAAUUUUGUCCUCACGGAAAAUGCUAGCGAUGCUAUAGGGAUACUUAACAACUCGGCUUCAUUUAACAAAAUGUCAGUUGAAUACAAAUAUGACUUAAUGUCAAACCGCUCGUGGCGCUGUAGAGUGUUUUUACAAGACCACUGCUUAGCCGAGGGAUACGGCAGUAAGAAAACUAGCAAACAUGCAGCUGCAGAUGAGGCUUUGAAAAUUCUUCAAAAGAUGCAGUCCAAUGUGACACCCAUCAAAACAACCCAGGUUCAGAAAGUGGGCUGUUCAUCCCGGAGUUCUGGCAAAAAGAAAGACCUGAAGGAUCUUGUUAUCUAUGAGAACUCCGAGAAUCCCGUGUGCACACUGAACGACACUGCUCAGUUCAACAAGAUGACAGUGGAAUAUGUCUUCGAAAGGAUGACGGGCAUGCGGUGGAAGUGCAAGGUGAUGCUAGAAAACGAGUUAAUUGCUGAAGCAGUUGGGGUUAAGAAAUCUGUGAAGCACGAGGCGGCGGAGGAAGCUGUGAAAAUCCUCAAAAAGACACAGCCGACUGUCGUCAAUAACCUGAAGAAGGGCACCAUCGAAGACGUCAUCUCAAGAAAUGAGAUUCGGGGCCGCUCAGCAGAAGAGGCUUUCAAACAGAAGAUUAAAGAAGACAACAUAGGGAAUCAGAUUUUAAGAAAAAUGGGCUGGACAGGUGGUGGGUUAGGGAAAGAUGGCGAAGGGAUACGAGAACCUAUUGCAGUAAAGGAGCAAUUUAAAAGGGAAGGACUCGGGCUUGAUGUGGAAAGGGUGAACAAAAUUGCUAAAAGAGAUAUUGAGCAGAUCAUUCGAAAUUAUGCGCGCUCAGAUAGUCAUGUUGACUUGACUUUUUCUACAGAACUUACCAAUGACGAGCGGAAGCAGAUCCAUCAAAUUGCCCAAAAAUAUGGUCUUAAAAGUAAAUCCCAUGGGCAGGGCCAUGAUAGAUUCUUGGUGGUAAGCAGAAAGAGACGUAAGGAAGACUUAUUAGACCAACUGAAGCAAGAAGGCCAUGUUGGACAUUAUGAACUUAUUAUGCCUCAAGCUAAUUGAGCUUCAUGGUGUCCAAUUUCAUUGGUGAAUGCAUAAGGAGAUGGAGUUUCCUAGAUCCCUAAUUAAAGAAACAGAUGCUGCA